GGAGCACUUGCAGUCGAAUGCAUGAAGGCACCGAAGUGAUCAGACAGUCACUGAGUGAAGUCUAACUGUGUGUGUGGUUGAUAGAGAGGAAUAAUCAUUAGCCUAUCGAUUAAGGAUAUACUCUUCAUUUUCAUCAUUAAUCUGCAAGGACGGUCGUCUCUUCAGUUUCACAGAAGUAUUUCUUUGAAAGGAGUCCUAGCAGAGAGGGUGCAGCGCUUCUGCGGUCCCCGGGUGCACAGCCCACGACCAGUUGCUUGUUAUGUCCUUUAAGCAAUAAGGGUUGUGCCCAGCAUAUAGGACUGAAUCUAUGAGAUGUUGGUGUUUUGAUAACCCAAACACUCAAGAAACCUGGAUGAGCUCAAAGCUGUUCUGAUAUCUGUUCACUCAACUACAUUUUCUUGGAGGAAUCUUAUAUAUUUAUCCACAUAUAUCUAGCCUACUAAAUGGAUAUACAACAAUUUGCACACGCGUUUUUUUUCCCAUUUCACAUGAUAUUCUGCAUAUUAAAAGCCACUUUUGGAUUGUUGCUACCAACCAGACGGAAAGACCUUCAGGGCGAGGUGGUGCUGAUAACCGGCGGUGGAAGGGGCAUAGGACGGCAUCUGGCUAAGGAGUUUGCUGGACAGGGUUGUAAAAAGGUGAUCCUCUGGGGCCGCACUGAAAAAUGUCUGAAAGACACCUGCCAGGAGAUCACACUUACAGGAACUGAAUGCCAUUACUUCCUGUGUGAUGUAGCCAAUCGCGAGGAGGUGUAUAAACAGGCCAAGGUGGUCCGAGAGAAGGUGGGUGAUGUCACUAUUCUGGUAAACAAUGCAGCAGUGGUUCAUGGGAAGAGUCUAAUGGACAGUGACGACAAUGCUCUGAUGAAAAGCCAGCACAUCAACACACUGGGCCAGUUCUGGACUACCAAGGCCUUCUUGCCCCGUAUGCUGGAACUAUGCCAUGGCCACGUGGUCUGUAUCAACUCCAUCCUGUCCCUGGCCUCUAUCCCAGGAGCCAUAGACUACUGCACAUCUAAGGCCUCUUCCCUGGCCUACAUGGAGAGCCUGACCCUGGGCCUGCUAGACUGUCCUGGGGUGGCCUCCACCACCAUACUCCCUUUCCACACCAACACAGAUAUGUUCCAGGGCAUGAAAGUACGGUUUCCUCAUCUCUUCCCCCCUCUGAAUCCUGAACUGGUGGCUCAGAGGACUGUGGAGGCAGUCAGGACCAACACAGCAUUCGUCUACCUUCCUUGGACAAUGAGGGCGCUAGUCAUUCUCAAGAGCUUCCUGCCUGAGGUAGCUCUGGAGGAGAUUCAGCGCUUCUCAGGAUGCUACACCUGUAUGGACACCUUCAAAGGACGGACAUAAGAAUCACUGCACUCAUGUCAUAUUGAAUUAAAUGCAAUCUAAUUUAAUAUGCAAAGGUGCCAAGGCAAAAGCGGUUCAAGUAAGCACACCAACAUGUGCAGCUCAGAAACUAGUAGCAACAAUCCUGCAGCCCACCAUUGGAGUUGGAGCAUUGCUAACGCAACUGAGAAGUAAUGAACUAUGAAAAUGACAAAUCUUAAACUGAAAAAUUCUCACUUGGUGCAGUGUUGACUGACAAGUACACAAUCAUAGUAUCUGAAACUGGUUCUUCUAAAGGUCAACAUUUGGGGUUUGUGUCAUCUUAUACAGCUUGAACUGGUGAUCAGAGCUGCUAGGUGACAAACAUAUUCGCUAUUCUACCAGGUUUAGGAUUAGCUUUGUAAAUUGAUGAAUACCAUUGACACCGACUGAAAUAAAGACAGUAUGUAAUACUGAUUGUCUUUUGUGUGGAAACUUAGUGGGGUGCCCAGUCUGUG